CCCGCCACACAUUAUAAAAUGGUUCAGAUAAAAAAGCGAUUUCCAACGUGAUGAGGUAUUUAGUCCGUAACCACUUUCCGUAGUUGUGAUGCAGUCAGUCUCCGGCGCAUGCGUAUUGCAAACUUCUGGCUAUUCAGUUUCCUACACGCGUGUACACGCUUUUGUGUAGUUUUUAAGAAGGAAAGUUGUCAUAGAAGUAAUAAACAUCAGAAUUCCCUUUAGAAUGGGAGGCCAGGCUAAGGGCAAGAAGAAAAACAAACCUAAAAGGAAAGACCACCGCUCAAACCAGGAUGUUGGAUUUGUUGGCUUGUCACCCCAGGAGAGGAUGAAGCUGAGGAUACAUGAGAAGGCUAAGAAGAAGACAGCUGAGAAGUACUCAGUGCAGCAGCUGCUGGAGAAGACGCAGGAAUCCAUGGACAGCUUUGAUUUUGAAAUGGCUGGACUUUUCUGUCAGCGAGCCUUGGAUGUGGACUCCAACAACCUGCAGGCUCUGGACAUGCUGGGACACAUCAGCUGUGAAUUAGGACACAUGCAGAAAGCUAAAGAAGUUCUCCUUCGUGCUGUGGAGCUGAGUCCAGAUGUUGGUCACAGCAAGUACAUGAAUCUGGGACAAAUCCACACCGGCCAGGAGGCUGUGGAUUACUACAGCAGAGGGAUACACGUCCUCCUGUCUGUGCUGGAGAAACAAGAAACAGUGGCUCAGGCUGCUGCGGGAGCCGCGGCCGCCAUGACGGAUGAACACCACGAGCUUCCUACAGCGAAGGACGUCAGCGUAGCCUACUGCUCCAUCGCUGAGAUUUACUUAACGGACCUCUGCAUGGAGGAGGGAGCUGCAGAAAAGUGCAGAGAGUUCAUCGAAAGAGCAUUAAAGUAUCACCAUGACAACCCAGAGGCUCUCCAGCUUAUGGCCAGUUACCUGUUCAGUACAGAGAAAAUCCAGGAAGGUAAACAGUACCUGCUGAAAAGUGUUGGGUUGUGGCUUCCUGCGCAGAAGGAAAGCGCCGCGCCCUGCACCACAGAAGAAGACGUGCAGAAUGAAGUCCCUCCAUACGAGUCUCGCAUCACCACCGCCAAACUGCUUAUCGAGUCCGAGGAAUACGAGACGGCCGUCGAUGUGCUGGAGAGUCUUCUGGAAGAGGACGACGAAGUCGUGCAGGUGUGGUAUCUGUCUGGAUGGGUGUGCUACCUCCAGUGGGGGAAAGCAAAGGAGCAGCGAGAAGCAGAAGGGAGAGGUGCGACCGAGGAGGAGCAGGAGGAGUGGAAGGCUUUGCAGGAAGCUGCUAGAUCAUACCUGACUAACGCCAAGAAGACAGCCUCGUCGGGCGUAUGCGCCAUACUGGACACCAGUGUCCUCGUAGUGCUGGAACCAUUAACAUGACGUGUUGAGCUUUCGGGGGUGGCUUGAACUCUAAACCAGGUGAAACCCGGCUAAAACAUCACUUAGGAGUUUUGAUGGUUCCUUUUAUAACUGAUUUAAUGUUGCUGCUUGGUUCCUCAACAGAUCAAAACCCACAUUAAUCUGACUUCUCAGUGCAAGCCAGAUCUGAAAUGUAACAGCAGCAUUUCAGACUUAUUCCAGAGGAAGCUGUGGCUUCAUCUAAUCUAAUCUAAUCUCAUCUAAUCUAAUCUAAUCUAACCUAAAGAAAAGCAUCUAAAACAGGCAAACGAGCAGCUGAUAUGUGCAGUUGCUGUCUGAGCAGUAAAAUCCAGCUCAUAUCUAAUUAAAAUGAACAAAAAUACUUUCCUUUAGAGUUGCACGUAUUAAUUAGUGAAGCCAUGAGCGGCGCAGUGUUGGCGAUCUAUGGUCUGCAUUUCCUUGAUUGUUACCUGGCAACACCUGGAGGUGCAGAGUAAAACCUGCUUGGUGGGGUUGUUGGCUGUGCUGGAUUGAUUAGGCUUUAGGUGGCUAUAUUUAAUAAUAAUGCACCUCUUUAAACGCUUAAAGGGGUGUAAAAUCCACUUUUACCAUGUGAUAACCCUAACCCUAUGUCCUCAUGAAACGUACCCCCAAACCCGUGUUUGGCUGCAUUCAUGCAUUUUCCUGUCUCAGCUGCAAAUGUUCAGAUUUUUUUAAGGGCCUGCAGAAGCCUCGAUGAAAACUAGGUGCGUCAUCAAGUCCUGCUCCUACACCUGAAACCUGCCUCCCCGGGAAGCAGGUCACUAAUGCCCACUCUCUCCUAGUUGUGUGCAUAGAGCGGUUCAUUUCAUGCUGCAGUUGAGAUUGUGACCUUCUUGUCUCAGAUCACUGCUUUAAACCUCCUCCGGUGCCAAAGUGGAUAUUCUGAGUCCUGUCCACAGACACAGGAUAUGUGUGUUAGGUGGCUAAUGUUUUAUAUCAGACCUGGUAGUCCAGUGAGCACCUGACUGGUAUAUUGUUUAGCACCGGUUCGCCUUUCCUUAGCUACACUUACCAGUAUUUUGUUGUCAACCCUUUAUUGGUAAACAGUUUAAAAUCUAAGGACUAACCAGUUUUUUUUACUUGGUUUAUUUAGUCAGUGAGUCCAUGUGAGGUGAGCAGAGUGAAUCCACUAAAAUGCUGCUUGGAAAUGACCAAAUUCA